AUGCGGAGAGCGGUCGUUUUAUUGAUUACUGGAACAGUGGUUUCACUCUUUGCCGUCUUCUUUCGCACCUCUUUGACCCACGAUGGUGAGGUUACACUUGUUGAAAAUGACGGAGAAGUAAAGUUGUCACCGGAACGGGCUUCCGUGGAAUGUUGUGCCACUGGCAACGCUAGCUUCAUCAGUAAACAUUAUCUUUUGGCAAGCACAACAGAUGGCAAAAUAACGGCAAUGGAUAUCGAAAAAAAUGGUGAAGUGGUGUGGACAGUGGAUGCUGAUAAAAUGCCAUUGUUAUCGAGUUCACUUAAUCAACAAAAAUUAGUUGCCGAUAAUUUUCCGUACAUUUUGGUACCAUCGCUUGAUGGUUCGUUAUAUAUGCUCAAUGUAAAAAGUAGUUUGUUGAGUCUAAUUCCGUUGGGUGCUAAUGCGCGGGUAAUGAUUGGGAAUGAUGAGGUUACUGGCGGGAUAUUUGUAACAUCUACUGGAAUCGAUCCUCUUACUGGCAAGAUACGAUAUCGAUGUACAGCAGGAAAAUGUAUGCAGUACGAAAUCACAACCAACGACUCAUCGCGUUAUACCCUUAUUAUGCGAAAAAAUACACAAGUUGCUCGAGCUGCUGAUCCUGUUACUGGAACGGAGAGAUGGAAUUUAUCAGUUGGUGAAUAUGAUAUUAGCCUGGUUUCAUCCGACCACUCACUUCGUUUUGAACAGGCUAGCGUACCUGCUCAUAUCAGUUUUCUUUUGGAACCGCCAAGUGGUAGUGUUUCAGCAGUUGAUAACUGCGGGAAUUUGAAAUGGGAGAAGCGACUGUCAAGCCCAGUAGCUAAAGCUUGGCAAUUAUCGCAUGGCAGAAUCUUCGAGAUAUCAUUAUUUUCUUCUGAAACUAUAAGUGCAUUAAGCGAUUUUAGUGGAAGUGAUCAUCAUUUUACCUCUAAAUAUGAAGCACCGUUUUAUUUUGGAACAGUUAACUCAGAGCCGUAUAUUAUACCUUCGGAGUUUAUGCGAGAACUGCGUCGUACACCUACGGAUAUUAAAAUGGAGUAUUAUCCCCGAACAUUAGAUUCAUUUUAUCACUCAAGAGCACCGUUUUUGGAAGAUUUGAAAGUUGGCGAUUUAAUAUGGCGAUCGUAUAGAACGACCCGAAGAGAAGUUGAAGUUAAUCAAGUAGAUAGUGCGCGAGACUCAGCAACCUCGAAAUCAUUAACAUGUGAUGUACAUGAUGCAAUUACCAUUGCUGGCAGCAAAAAGCUUAAAGAAAACGGUGAAGCGAAAGGUGAUUAUGGCUGGUAUAUCUUCAAACCGCUUCGCAAACCAUUCCAGAAAAACAAUCCUUUUCAAGAAAUAAAUAAAAAGAAGAGAAGUUCUUAUGAUUACCUUUGUAGACGUAAGAAUGUUUUAGAAGAACUGAAACAGAUUGCCUAUGAACCAGUUUCAGGAUGGUGGAAAAUCGUUGCACUUUUCUUGUCUUUAAUUGCGAGUUCAUUUGCCGCUAUUAUUAUAUUUUAUUGGCAGCAGAUUCGGCAUCUCAAAUUAUUUGUUUUACUACAUGAUCUGAGGAAGAGAUCUCACACGCAUUCGAAUAUUUCACUUCCAAAAACAAAAUAUCCGAGUAUGGGCGCAUCUGUUGGUACUGGGAUGAAUCAGAAAACAAGCACAGCAGCUUCUCACUCUGCGCAAGGGUCGUUUUCAUCGAAAUUUCUCGAGGACUUUGUGCCCGAAAAGUGGCUUGGACGUGGUGGUUACGGUGUUGUUUUUAAUUGUCGCAAUCGAUUAGAUGACCGGAGCUAUGCUGUUAAACGAAUCGCAGUUAGCAAUACAAUUUCUGCAAUUGAUCACGUGAAACGAGAAGCGCGUGCAAUGGCGCGUCUUGACCAUCCAGGCAUAAUUCGUUAUUUCCAUACUUGGAUGGAAAAACCUCCUUCUGGUUGGCAGCAAGCAAAAGAUAAAGAAAUUCUUCGGAACAUUCGCUCUAUUGAAGAUUCAGGAAGCAAAUCCAUAAUACAAACAUUGGAAAGUGAUCAGAGUACAACCCAGUCAAAAAAUCUCACAACUAAAGAUUCUUCAGUUAAUGAAGAACUGUUACAUGAACUAAAUUUGAACCUGUCUACCGACGAAAAAGGUAUUAGUGCAAGCGGUGACACCGAUAAUCUUUCAUGGAUGAAUGAUGAUAAUGGCAGUGAAUUAGGAGGAGCUGCAGAAUCAGACUCAUCUGUCGAUAAUGACAACGAGUUUGUUGGACAUGGAAUCACUGCCAUAGCUACAGGAAGUGCUGGUUCAGCAGGCAUAAUCUUUGCUGAUUGUGGGAACUCCUUGCGCAGUACUGAAGAAAUUGCGGAAAAAAAAUCAAGAAAUGGCAAGUCACUAGAUCCUCUUGAACCUCCUGCUGUUUUGGUCAGAAGCGUGUGCGAUUUACAAAGUUGUAAGAACAUCAAAGACUAUGUCUACCUUUAUAUACAGAUGGAGUUGUGCCAAGAGUUAACUUUGCACAGUUGGUUGUUAGCAAAUAACAGAUAUGAAGAUCGUGAAAUAACUCGAAUGCGCAAAUGGUUAGCAGAAUUGGUUUGUGCCAUUGAUUACAUUCACAGUCAAGGCUUAAUUCAUAGAGAUCUGAAGCCGCAAAAUAUAUUUUUUUCUGCAAAUAACUAUUUGAAAAUUGGUGAUCUUGGUCUAGUGACAAAUUAUGUUAAUGCUGAAGAAAGGACUGACUGCAAAGAAGAUGUCAUAACAAAUAUUUCUCAUACGAGUUAUGUUGGUACCCGUCUGUAUAUGAGUCCAGAACAGUUGGAAGGCAAAGCAUAUAAUGAGAAAGUUGAUGUGUUUUCACUCGGUCUUAUUUUCGUUGAGCUCAUUGUUCCCUUUACAACUGUUAUGGAACGUAAUAGCAUCUUGUCCGGCUUACAAAAUGACAUCAUGCCGAAAUGCUUGGAUAAUCUUCCAUCUAAAGAGAAGAAUUUCGUUGCCUGGCUAACAGUCGUCGAUCCUGAGCUUCGUCCAUCUGCGCAUCAGUUAGCUGGAUGUGACUACCUGCACGAUGAAGUGCAUAUGUUAGGCAGUUCGUAUUUUCGUAAACAUACUUCUCAGGAGGUCGAUAAAUUUAUUUGGAAGAGUGAUAUACAUGCAUUUCCCGAUGGCUGCUCAAAAUGA